CCAUUUUGUCGUUAGCAGAGAAGUGGAACGCAGGAGGACGAGCGAGAAGCCGGGACACUUUGAAGUCAAGAUGGGGAAUGUUUUUGCAAACUUGUUCAAGGGACUCUUUGGGAAGAAGGAGAUGAGAAUUCUCAUGGUAGGGCUGGAUGCAGCAGGAAAAACAACCAUCCUGUACAAACUCAAACUAGGAGAGAUUGUAACUACUAUUCCCACGAUUGGUUUUAAUGUUGAAACGGUAGAAUACAAAAACAUCAGUUUUACUGUGUGGGAUGUUGGUGGUCAAGACAAAAUCCGACCUCUAUGGCGACAUUACUUCCAGAACACGCAAGGGCUCAUCUUUGUGGUUGACAGCAACGAUAGAGAACGUGUGAAUGAGGCUCGAGAGGAGCUGACACGAAUGCUGGCAGAGGAUGAAUUGCGGGACGCUGUCUUGCUCGUUUUUGCUAACAAACAGGACCUGCCCAAUGCAAUGAAUGCAGCGGAGAUCACAGAUAAGCUUGGCCUCCAUGCUCUGCGGCAGCGCAACUGGUAUAUCCAGGCCACUUGCGCUACCAGUGGAGAUGGCCUGUAUGAGGGCCUGGACUGGCUCUCCAACCAGCUCAAGAACCAGAAAUGAUCCAUUCCAUGUUCAAUGUGUCAGGGAUAGCACUGAUUUCAGCCCUGGCCCACUUUUUCACCUAUUCUGUCUCUCCUCACCCCCCUACACCCUUCCUUUUUGAUCUGGGCCUUGGGCCUGGUGCUGCCUCAUGCGUAUGUACGCCUGUGGAUAGCAGUGUGCGUUUGCGUGCGUGUGUGUGACUGCGUCUGUACAUGUUUGCUGGGAGUGGGAGCAGCCCUGGUGUGCCUUUAAACAUUUUCCAUAGAGGCAGCCUUCAUUUGGAGCAGUGAGCAGGAAAUGCGUGUUUCAGAUUACAAGGAUAGAAGCGGGGGUGGAAACUCUCUCAAAUGGGGAAAAAAAUUGAACCACCAGUGUGAACACUGAGAUGUAAAUUAAAAUCGUGACCCGCCAUUUAUAAUCACAAUGUAACCUGUAUCAGGUUUGAAGAGAAACAUUUUCUCUCCUUGAUCCUUAUGCCGCUGGGUGAUAAAUUGUUACUAGAUAUCCCAAGAACAUAUGGCUGUGGUUGUCUUACAAACACUACCUUUUUUUAUGGAGACCAUGAAGCACAAGCCUGCCAGUGAGUAGGGUUUUGCUUCAGCUCUUCAUUUAGCCUCAGAUGGAAGAUUAAUGCUUCAUGUAUACAGCUUACAAAGCUGGUAGUGAAAUCAGUUGUUUUUGCCUUUUUUUUUUUUUUUUUUUUUUUUUUUUUUUAAAAAAUAUUUCAGGAUGUCAAACCUUUCGGUGGUAGGAUUUCACAAGGUGCGAAUGGGCUGGACUUCACAAGCUUUGAUCCUUGUGCUAAAGUGACAUGCAUGAGUUUAGGGUUGAGCACAUGCUUGAGCUGUAACUGUUUUAAUCCCUAUGAAACUUCAUUGAAUACCAGUAUUCAUGCCUGUUCUACAGAAAGCAGCUUCUCUGGCUUUGUAUAUUAAGUUUGCACAAUAAUGCGUAAUGAAGGGUUAAGGGUCCAAACCUGCAAAUGAACACUUGUUUAGCUGACACGAUUGUCAGAUAUAUUUAACGGAGUCUGCUUUAAUUCAUUUUACACCCUCUUUGGUAGCAGUGCUCUGCAGUUACUACAUUGUCCUCUAAGGACUUUUCAUAUUCUCUUGUGGUGAUGGAACUGUUUCACUUGUACAUAAUCUGAGGAGAGCAAAAGACGAAAGUAAUUCUGGGGCUGCCGACCAUUUUAUGGGGGGAAUUAAGCUCUUCUCUAGAACACUUGUGUACAAAUAUUGAUGCAUGGCAGUAUAUUGGACUUCCCUGAAUGAAAUGCACUGUUGGCUUGAUUGCUGUAUUGGAGGAGAAUGCAGUUACUGGUGGUAAGUUAAUGGAGUAAAGCUGAAUCACAGCUGUUGCUUGGGAUGGUCAGGCCUUUUCAGAGAGCUGCUCCCACUCUUAAGUUCACUAUUAGGUGUCCCCUCCCCCCUGACUUUUUGUACAGAAUACCUGCCUCCCAUUGGUGUGUUGAUGAACCAGGCAUACAGUUGUAGUCAAAUGUAAAAUUACCCACAAGGCUUAGUUUUCUAUGGGUGUGGGGCUUGGGAUUGUGGUUGGUUUAUGGGUAGAGUUGAUCAGUGUGGGGCUUGAGCUAUAAAUCUGCAGUACUUUCACCUGUAGCUGAAGCUGUGGAGGUGCAGGACCUGAGAGUGUUGUUGAAACACUUUAUUUUGUGUUAAUGCGUAUUGUCUGAUUGCCUAUGUCACAAUCCAGUUAUAAUCAAUGUUACAAAUACAUUUUGCAAAAUUUGGUAUGGUUUUUUUGACAGUCUACUGCAUUCCCAUUCUAGUCUUUCAUUUAAAGUCAAGUUCAUCCCACAGUAUAUCAUAAUAAAGGAUUAAUUGUCAUGUAUACAGGGCUAAGUACUAUAGAUUACAUCCUUGGGAUGUGUCGCAGAU